AUGGUUGUCACCCGGAGCCAAGCCGGGGCCGAGAAGCGCAAGCGCGCAGAGGCGGAGAAGGAGAUCGCCGAUCAGGCUGAGACCUCGACUCGCAGCAAGCGAGGACGCUGCCAAAAGACCACCCCCAAGGGGCCGUCCCAGCGGGCCACCGAGGAGGAGAGCCGACCAGGGCAAGCUGUUCGCGAUGCGCCGGCGCCGGCGCCGUCCGGGCUGGGCACCCUGAACGCUCGACUCCUCGAGCUGGAAGCGCGGGAACAUGCCCGAGUCAGGGAGAUCGCCUACCUCAAGGCGGCUCUCGAAGCCUGCCGGCAAGAUGCCGCUUCUUUUCGGGCCAGAUCCCAGGCCCCCACCCCCUCUGAGGAACAGGCGAAGUGGAACUGCCUGUGGCUAACUCUCACCUCAAUGCGACAACUGAUGCAAGAGGAGAUCGCGGCGGUGAAAGAUAAGCAGCGCGAGUUCGAAGAGAGAAUCCAGUUCGACGGCAUCGCGAUCAGGGGUGAGCAGCGUGAGAUCAGACGGCUGGUCCCCGAGGAACUUGCCGCAAUGCGGGCUGAGAUUCGCGAGUCCAGCAGAAAUGUGAUGGCGAGCUUGACGCACAUCUACCACCAGCAGUUGGCUCGGUUUGGGGAGGCGAUGGGGUGA